UUUGUUGGUCAAAACUUGAAUUUAAACUGUACUUAUAAAUUAUAUUAGUUUAUGUUGACUGAUAAUUUAUUAAUUGUAUUUACGUGUAUGAGUUACGUUAUGAAUGUUAAGUUUUAAAUGAAUGUCUAUUGUUUUGUUGCAUAGUCGUAUUUAAUUUAUUCGUGGGUUUUUUAAAAAUCGUAGUAGAAAACAUGGCAUCGAUGAGUGCAACGAAGAAGAAACAAGUGUCCCAGAAUGAAUUGCGUUUAUUAAUGCUCAAGCAAAAACUACAGACUCAAAGGGUGAAGAAGAAAAUUGAGUCACCACUGGCAAAAUAUAGCUUAAGCGGUCAAUUGUCAUGCGCUGUAUGUAAAUUGAACAUAAAAGAUGAUUCUUCAUGGAGUGUUCAUAUCUCUUCCAAAGUUCACAAGGAUAACAUUUCCAAACGUAAACCAGAAUCAUCAAGAAUGACUGAAAGAUUAGCGGUGACUACGGAAAGCUUAAAACGAACUCUACCUAAACAAGAAAGUUUUGUUCCACCGAAAAAAUUAAAAGGUAUUUUAAAAAAUUAUAAAGCUCCACCAGAAAAAGUCCCUAGUGAUUUCUUUGAAAGCCCAACGCCAAAUUCAUCAGAAAAUACAAAUGUUAAUCAAGAAACUGAUGAAAAAAUGGAUGUACAACCAGAGACUCUUGAUGAUUUAAAUCUCGAUGGAGGUGAACUCCCCAAAGGAUUUUUUGAUGAUCCGAUGUUGGAUGCUAAGAUUCGAAAAGAGGAAUAUGUCAGCUCAAUAGAUGAAGAAUUUUUAAAAUUUCAAAAAGAAAUUAAAGAAGAGAAUAUGUUAUCUGAACAGAUAAUGGCAGAUAAUGAAGAUGAAACUACAUAUGGGCGACAAGUAGAAGAAAUUGACGAACAAAUCAAACAUUGGUCUAAAGUUAUCGAACUAGAGAAGAAAAGAGAAAAAAUUGCUUUGGCUACAGAAAAUAUGAAUAACAUGGAAAUUAAAAAUGAACUAGAUGAAAUUGAUGAAUCUGAUGGUUCUGACAUGGACGAGUUUAUUGAUUGGCGGUCAAAAAAAUAAAAACAUUAUGCUAGGAACAUAAUGUUAAAUACAUUUUUUUUUUGUAUAAAAUUAUUUAAAGAUGUCUUGUGCUAUAAUUUUUAAACUAAUUAAUUAUAAGUUAUUUAAAAUUAUAAACGAUAGUUAUUUUUCAUCACCAUGUACAACCAAGUAUAAGAAAAACUUUUUAAUGAAGGGGAAUGCCGUGGUAUAAUAUGUAAUAUAUGUAUUUGCUUGCCGGUAUAAAAGUUAAAUACAAUGAAUACAAGACAUAAUUCUGAAUAAACUAUAUAUUUUGUA